CUUACGAACGAAAUUCUCCAACCGAAUAGAUUAUUAAUUAUUACAAAAACGAAAUGCAAACUACAGAAGUACUCGUAUGGCUACCUUAUUAGAUCGUGUGAUCAAUAGAGAACUGUCUCUUUUUGCUGAUAUUUCCGUAAGCUGGUUUCUAUGGCAUCUCUGCUAGGAUCACCUCUGAGACGCGUUCAUGUCUCCGAAACAAUGCCGGACCGACAGCGCAGAAGAUCGCAGUGCUCCACAGAUCGGCGAGCUGCAUUGCGAGGAAUCAAACUUUCCGAGUUCGAAACAAACAAACGGGAGAUGCUGUCGCCAGUAUCGGAAGUGGCAGUAAAGCUCAAGUCUUUCAUGGCGUUGAUGAGUAAAUAUCUGAAUGCUGAAGGUUCACUAGAAAAGGUGUGCGAUACUGAUGGGGACGUCAGCGUAUUGAAAUAUAUACUUAUUCAACUAAACAGAUACGACAGUAAUCCCGAGUGUCAAUUUAUCGUGCUCAACUAUUGUGCCAAUCUGAUCAACGAGGUAGAAAUAGCUAUAGCAGACAUCAAGGCAUCAUCAGGCAAUGUCGAAGAUGUUAAUGUAUACUUCAUUACUUUGUCCGACGCGCUUGGUGAUAUCAAGUGGGAUCAACCUAACCGCCUAUCAUUUUUGCAGAAUUAUAAAUCCUGGUUGGAAAAAAAUGAAGACCCCGCGGAAUGUUUUCCAGCUUUUCCGAGCUGCGUUUCGCUGAAAAAAUCUAGUGCCCCAGAUUGGUUUGAAUUUCUUCAUACCAAAAAUAUCGUGAUGGAGCAGGAGCAUUUGAUACUGGAAUUGGAAAACAGGCCAGAAUCUCAUCGAGAUGUUGCGGAAGCUUGUGGAACCUACACAGUUUAUUUGAAAAUAAGAUGGAGGGGCCCUUCUGACGAGUUCGGUGGCGUUCGAAAGGUCGUACGGGACAAAAUAGACAAGGAUUUUGAGAUACUAAAGGAACAAACAACAGCACUCCGGAAUCAACUGAACGAUGAUCUAAUCAGCGAAAGAGUUGUGCAGGCAUAUGUAGACCAAAUAGAACCAGCGUUACGCUUAUGCCCGCUGUUCAAUAAAGAAACAGACAGGACGCUGGUAACGUUAAUUUCUCAUUUAGAGAAGUCGAGAGUAAAAGAGCAGCGAAAAAGAGGAGAGCAAAAACGCUGCCAGGGGAGAUUCUAUGUUUCUCAAUCACCGUCUCGAACAGAACUGGCAUAUCAGACGUUACGACGGCUGCCGGACGUAUUUGAGCAUCUAGCGAGAUUAAAUAAACUCUACAAAACAAUUAAUGCGAUCACAACAUUAUACGUAGAUCCGGAGAAUCGCAACACACCCGUGGAAUUGGUCAACUAUAUACCAUCAAAUCUUGAAGUCGCCAAAGAACUACAGAUUGUGGCCCAUCGUAUUAAUUUAAUACGACGUUACCUAAGGGCAUAUGGAAUUAUAUCGUGAAGUAUUACGGUGUAACUGUUGAGGAUGAGGACUGAAAGGGAAUAAAGGAUUCAAAAUAAGGUUCGCUAUUGUUAAGUUGGCGAUAUUGGCGCUUCAUAUUCAUGGUUACCUGCACUUGUAUUCCGAACGUAGGAGAUACGUAGGAGGCUCAAUGUUACAGUAAGUGAAUGGGUGCCCCACAGUAGACAAAUCAGCUGAACGCGAAUGGUACGUUUGAAUAUUUGAUUAGAAGUAAUGACAAGUUAAGGUUGAAAGCACUGAGAUAUAUAUAUAUAUAUAUAAAAAUGACUGGAACGGUUCAGAGGGAGUGAUGACGAAAUGACCGUUCCUGCAGGUCAUGGUUUCGAAGCAAUAUCAAAUAUAUCCCGAACGAUGACCCAGACUGGUGAAGAGGUCCAGGGUUUAGUGGGUGAGAGUCCCACAGUACCAGAGAGAGCACAAUUCAGUGAUGUCUGGUCUGCAUAAUGCAUUUGCCCUCAACCUCCAAACAAAAAAGACUAGAUAUAAAAAAAAAAAAAGCGAAAACUCUUCUUUACCCAUGCUGAUUUUGUGUAGAAGAGAUGAGUGGAUAGAUAUGUAUGUGCUUCAUUGCCAACAGGCAUUUCAGUUAAUUCGAUCCGUAAACUCACGAUAACCAUAAUCUACACCAAGACUUGUCCCGUUUACUGCAAACGAAGCGUUUGAUAUCCCGUGCUACUUGAAGUGAUUGUUUUCGUCGGACGUACACACUAAAUGAGGUUCAUUGAAGUCGUGCGCUGAAGUCUGUAAGGAUGUGCAGACUGUUACGCCGGAAUUACAAUUUAUGUCACGUAAAAGGAUUUCACUACUAUUUAGUUUGUGAUAUGUAAACAUCGGUCCGUGAAUUUGCUUCUCACUCGAACACUCGAAGAUCACUUAGAAAGCUUCACUGUGGAAAAAGGUCUACGCAAAAUGACUAUUUUCGACAGCUAACAAACGGUUCCGGACUUCGGGUUUUCGAAAAAUUUCGGCUGAAAUGUUACCCCUUUGUUUACAGUAGUUGUGACUAAUUGCUCCUGUGGGCUACCGCUCUUAGGGACUACAUCAAUGGCUGGUGCAAAAUAACAAGAUGAUUAGUCGAAAGAAAGCCCAUCAGAUGUUUCAUUUUUGUGAUAAAUUUUGUGACAUUGAAAUUCCUAUCUUCGGCUCACUCUAAUACUGUUCGAGAUAAAUAUUUAUAAAAACAUAUCAAAGAUAUGUCAGCCUGUCACUACAGUCACUGACGCAAGGUUUAGUUUUUUUACAAAAAGUCAAAAAUAGGCGUAAAUCAGCAGCGCUACAAACAUUUUAACAGGUACCCCUUGUCUAAUGAGUCCUAGUGUAGUGCGCAAGAUAUCCGUAUGGUGGUGCGGUAGUACUACUACUAAAGUUUAUGGCUUAAGUACAUUUUAAUACUUACUUAAUAAUAAAUAAUAUACUUAACCGUACUUCAUUUUUCAGUCAAUCUGUGCCAGCUAUACGUGCUUAAAAUAGCCGUGUUGUGGUGCUACCUAGUUAAGUUUAACUAUUAAACUUGGGAUAAGGUCCAAAGCAUUUGGUGCUGGAAACCAGUCGUCUGAAUCGAUACUUGAGUGAGAAUCAAAUUAGACAUAAAGCAUGGGACAUUUUGAUUUAGAUUGUGAAAGAAAGACAGUACAAUUUUAGCUAUCUUUAAGAUAAAUCUUAAUAUUUGUUACAAAUGAAUAUAGGAACGCAUUGACUCCAUGAUAUAUACGUAUAUGUUCAU